AGCUCUUCUGGGGAUAUGGAGAGUGGAAAUCUAUCAGCAGUAACUGAGUUUGUCUUCACUGGGUUCCCCCAACUCCAGGACGGUGGCCUUCUAUACUUUUUUCCUUUACUUUUCAUCUACACUUUUAUUAUAAUUGGGAACCUAAUGAUCUUCUUUGCUGUAAGGCUGGAUCCUCGUCUUCACAAUCCCAUGUACAAUUUCAUCAGUAUCUUCUCAUUUCUGGAGAUGUGGUACACCACAGCCACCAUUCCUAAAAUGCUCUCCAAUCUGAUCCGCAGUCAAAAGACCAUCUCUUUCAUUGGCUGCCUCUUGCAGAUGUACUUCUUCCAUUCACUUGGAAACACUGAAGGGACCUUGCUGACUGUCAUGGCCAUAGACAGGUAUGUUGCCAUCUGCAACCCACUCCACUACCCAACCAUCAUGACCCCCCGACUAUGUGCUCAGCUCUCUGCUGGCUCCUGUAUCUUUGGUUUCCUCAUCCUUCUACCUGAGAUUGUGUGGAUUUCUACCCUGCCUUUCUGUGGUCCCAACCAAAUCCAUCAGAUCUUUUGUGAUUUCACUCCGUUGUUAAAUUUAGCCUGCACAGAUGCCUCUGUGAUCUUGGUGCAAGAUGUGAUCCAUGCUCUUGCUAUUCUAAUAACAGGUCUGAUUAUUUCUCUCUCUUACAUCAGAAUUAUCAUUGUUAUUCUGGGCAUCCCUUCAGUUGAGGGUCGUAGAAAGGCCUUUCCCACCUGUGCUGCGCACAUCGCUGUCUUCCUGCUGUUUUUUGGCAGCGUGGCCCUCAUGUACCUUAGAUUCUCUGCUACUUAUACACCAUUCUGGGACACUGUCAUUGCUCUAACAUUCUCUGUACUUGCUCCCUUUUUCAAUCCCAUUAUAUAUAGCCUGAGAAAUAAGGAUAUGAAAGAUGCUAUUAAGAAGCUCUUUUGCUCCCAAAAGGUGUUUAAUAAAUCUGGUAUGUAA